GAAAAACUAAGGUAUCUCUUCGGUUCUUGUUAAGGGUAUAAUGGAGUUGUUUGCUGGGUGCCGUGGAGCGUCCCGGUCAUUGCGCCGUUCCGUUCCAUCGGCGAUGCAGUUUUUCCUCCUUUUUUCCUGCUUUUUAGUUGCAGGUAUUUUUGCUUCGCAGAUCUCUGCGGAGCACGGCGAAACAGAGACGUAUAGCGAGCUACGCAGCAAGGGAAAUGAUCCUACUGAGCAAGUACAGGGCGAGGAGUACGACCCCAUUGAGCAGGUACAGGGCGAGGAGUACGACCCCAUUGAGCAGGUACAGGGCGAGGAGUACGACCCCAUUGAGCAGGUACAGGGCGAGGAGCACGACCCCAUUGAGCAGGUGCAAGGGGAGGAGAACGACCCUAUUGAGCAAGGCGAGGAGUACGACCCCAUUGAGCAGGUACAGGGUGAGGAGUACGACCCCAUUGAGCAGGUACAGGGUGAGGAGUACGACCCCAUUGAGCAGGUACAGGGAGAGGAGUAUGACCCCAUUGAGCAGGUACAGGGCGAGGAGCACGACCCCAUUGAGCAGGUGCAAGGGGAGGAGUACGACCCUAUUGAGCAGGUGCAAGGCGAGGAGAACGACCCUAUUGAGCAAGGUGAGGAGUACGACCCUAUUGAGCAGGUACAGGGCAGGGGGUAUGACCCUAUUGAGCAGGUACAGGGCGAGGAGCACGACCCCAUUGCGCAGGGCGAGGAGCACGACCCCAUUGCGCAGGGCGAGGAGCACGACCCCAUUGUGCAGGGCGAGGAGCACGACCCCAUUGCGCAGGGCGAGGAGCACGACCCCAUUGCGCAGGGCGAGGAGCACGACCCCAUUGCGCAGGGCGAGGAGCACGACCCCAUUGCGCAGGGCGAGGAGCACGACCCCAUUGCGCAGGGCGAGGAGCACGACCCCAUUGCGCAGGGCGAGGAGCACGACCCCAUUGCGCAGGGCGAGGCGCACGACCCCAUUGCGCAGGGCGAGGAGCACGACCCCAUUGUGCAGGUGCAGGGCGAGGAGCACGACCCCAUUGUGCAGGGCGAGGAGCACGACCCCAUUGUGCAGGUGCAGGGCGAGGAGCACGACCCCAUUGUGCAGGUGCAGGGCGAGGAGCACGACCCCAUUGUGCAGGUGCAGGGCGAGGAGCACGACCCCAUUGUGCAGGUGCAGGGCGAGGAGCACGACCCCAUUGAGCAGGUGCAGGGCGAGGAGCACGAUACCAUUCAGCAGGUUGAGACGGAGAUACACAGUGAGGAAAAUGUUCCGGUUCAACCUCCAAUACAACCAAGGCCUUACCCUGUGAAGUUUAUUCCGCCUUACGGCAUCCCAGUGCCUGUCACUCCCUUUCCUUUCAAGCUGCUUAGCCCUCGGGUGAUCCCUGUCAACGCGCCCGUGCCGCCUGAGCUCCAAAAGGUCAUGAAUCCCAAGCCUGUUCCUAUGCCCCGGCCGCUACCCAUUAGUCUUGCUGCAGCGGUCCGCGUGUUGUGCAGCGAAAACAAAAUGUACGUGAGGGUAAGGACUGACCUGUACGGAUUCAAGUGUAAAGCAGGCCAGUUGACUCUGGGGACCAGCUGCAGAAGCAAUGGAGUCUCUGGUGGGUAUCUUCUCUUUACAUACGGCCUCAAAGAAUGUGGAAGCCAGGCGUCUGUGGAAGCUGGACAGUUGGUGUACAAGAACGUCCUUAAAUAUGUUCCAUCUGUGCAAAACAGUACAAUUCGGAGAUCUAUGCCAUUCACUGUACCCCUUCAGUGUCGUUACUAUAGGUAA